CAAUUUGACAGCUGAGUACAUAGCAAGUCGACGACGUCAAGAAAGCAAAAAUGUUGGAACGUAAAAUUUACAAGUGGCAAUAAUUGCAUAUUAACGAUAUAAAUGUGAAUCUCCAAUUGGAAGCAACGUUGCAAUAGUAGGACGAAGCGUUUUGUUCAAUUGCCAGAAGAAAAAUAGGGACGGCAUCGAAAAAUCGUGCAAAUAAGACUGAAAGGUUUCGCGAUGGAGUUGGAACCAACAUCAGAAGUAGUUUAUCAAGGGAUAUGCUCCCUCUAUAAUAAUCCAGAUGCCAAGAAGAAGCAGGAAGCGGCAAAAUGGUUGGAAGAAUUUCAAAAGUCUAUAUAUUCGUGGAGUAUUGCGGACGAAUUGCUUCAACAGAAACGUGACAUGCAGUCCUGCUACUUCGCCGCCCAAACCAUUCGCAACAAGAUCCAGAAUAGUUUCCACGAAUUACCUGUGCAUGUUCAUGAGAGGCUGCGAGACUCAUUGAUAGCACAUAUCGGGCAGAUAACAAAUGAAACUGACGCGGUUAUUGUGACACAGCUAUGCUUGGCCGUGGCUGAUCUAAUGUUGCUGAUGGCAUCUUGGAAAAAUCCAAUCCCACAACUAAUCGAAAACCUUUCAUCGAGCGCCGACUCAAUCUGGCCGCUCCUAGAAAUUCUACAGUUCUUGCCUGAGGAGAUGGAUUCUAGAUAUUUGCGGCUCGGAGCCAACCGUCGCGAUGAGGUGCACCGCGAAAUGGAGUCAAACUCGAAAACUCUCUUAGAUUUCUUGAAUAUGUGCCUGCACACGUAUGCUGGCCAGAAUCUGAACAUCAUGAAUAAGAUAAUAAAGUGCUUUAAUGCGUGGGUGACCAUAAACGUGAUACCGUUUCACCAUAUAAUCGACAAUGUGAUAACGCAGCAAGUCUUUGCGCUUUUGAACAACCAUAGCACGUCUAAGAAACUGCACGACGCAGCAACCGACUGCCUGUGCACGAUUGUCCAGUCGUUGGAAUCGAACAACAACCAAUACACCAACCACCAGAUGUGGGAAUUGCAGAUAUUCAAUGGGAUCCAAUCCCUCGAGAGCUGCUACCAUGCCUGCGUCGCACUGGAGGACAUCGAUAAGGCUGUCAAUUACUGUCGAAUAUUCACGGUGCUAGGAGAAUCGCUUCUUCCGAAGAUGGUCUCGGAAAAGGAGGCACCUCAUUACUCCAUCAAAGUACUGGAUCUGGUCCUCAUAUGCAUUGGCCAUUACGACUAUGAGAUCGCAGAGAUCACUUUUAACUUGUGGUAUUGCCUGAGCGAGGAGUUGUACCAGAAAAACGAUGACCAGUUGUCGGUGCACUUUAGACCACAUAUUGAACGCCUGAUCGGGGCAUUAUUUAGACACGCACAAAUGGAACCAGAUCACGAGGGAUUGAUCGAGGAAGACGACAGCUUCAGUGAUUUCCGAAGAAAAGUUUCUGAACUUAUCAAGGACGUAGUGUUCAUUAUAGGAUCAACAAAUUGUUUCAAACAAAUGUUUCUCAUUCUUCAGCAACCGUCCGUCACAUGGGAAAGUAGCGAGUCCGCUUUAUUCAUAAUGCAAAACGUUGCAAAAAAUAUCCUGCCCGAUGAAAAUGAGGUGGUUCCGAAAGUAGUUGAGGCAAUUUUAAAUUUACCUGAAAACACCCACAUAGCAUUUCGGUAUACAUCGAUUUUGCUUAUUGGAGAACUGUGCGAAUGGAUCGAGGCGCAUCCUCAAUCGCUACAAGCUGUGCUGAACUUCUUGCUUUAUUCGUUGCAACAGAAAAAUGGUCUGGCAUCGGCUGCUGCUCGAGCGCUCACCUCGAUUUGUUCAACUUGUCGCCAACACAUGACCUGCCACAUAACAGGGCUGGUUGAAAUCGCCCGAAGUUUGGACAGCUUCGAAAUAUCGAAUGAGUUGGCAAUCGGUUUACUAAAAGGCAUAUCCAUUAUAAUAUCACGUUUACCGAGGCCGCAGUUGGAGAGCACUAUGUGUGAAAUCAUAACCUUCCAAUUUACGCCACUAAUACAAUUGAUUGAAGCAGGUGGCUCGACGGUAACGUCAAAAGAGGAUCGAACCAAUCCGAUAUAUUGGUUAGACCGAGCGUGCGCAAUCAUUCGACACACAGACCCUGACGUCCAGCCAAAUGAAGUCCAUCCGACUGUAAAAAUUUUGACCGAAACGUGGCCUGUCAUAUCUAACGUCCUAGAUAAAUACCAAACUGACACGCGGAUUAUGGAGCGAACAUGUCGAUUGCUGCGGUACGGAUUUCGUAUGGUUGGCAAGCAGGCUUCCCACCUUCUCGAGCCACUUGUGAAGCAGAUGGUGUGCUUGUAUGCUGUCAACCACCACAGUUGCUUCCUCUACUUGGGUAGCAUCUUGGUAGACGAAUUUGCGAAAAAUGAUGACUGCACGACUGGCCUGCUAGAAAUGCUUCAAGCAUUCAUUGAGCCCACCUUCAACAUGUUACAAGUGGAAAAUGGACUGAAAAACAAUCCAGAUACCGUAGAGGAUUUCUUCCGGUUAUGCUCGAGGUUCAUCGAAGGUUGUCCGGUUCCGUUCCUUCAAAGUCCACUUGUCACUCCAAUCAUUCAAUGCGCCUUGCUCGCUUGUACCUUAGACCAUCGCUACGCAAACUCCGCAGUAAUGAAAUUCUUCUGUAAUUUAUUGAAAUGUGGAAAGUCGAACAAAUAUGAUGAAGUGACGCAACACUUAACAUUGCAAAUCAUCAAACAAAAUGGAGAAGCUCUGGUGAUGAAUUUACUCUAUGCUUCCGUUUUCUGUUUACACUCAUACAUGCUUCCGGAUGUGGCUGAAGUAAUGGUUGAACUGAAGAAUGUUGAUAAAGAAGGCUUUGAACGAUAUCUGCAGACUGCGCUGGAUGCUCUGCCGAAAAAGAAUAGCGGCGGGUGCGUAACGGCAACACAAGGACAACUUGAAGACUUUAGCACUGCAGUCCUAGGGGCUGAUGCGACGAAAGCUGUGACAGUAGCUCUUAAGGAUUUUACGCGAUUAUAUCGAUAAGAUUUUUGCAAUAAUAAUUAUUAUAAAGUCACUAUUUCCAAAGUGUUUAAAAAAAUAUCAGAGACCUACACUGAUAGCCGUUCAGUUAUAAAUUUAAGGCAUUUUUGUAGUCAAUGUAAAACUACAUACUCUAAUCUUAUUUAGGGCAAAUGAGAAAAAUUGAAUUAUUGAAUGAAUUACCGUUAAUUUUGAUUACUAUCAUAGUAAGUUCUUCAUCAUUUUUCUGUUGAAAUGAUAAAUGAUGUACAAGUGUAUGUGUACCAAUUCCUGAUUUGAGGAAGUGAAAUAUUUUAUUAUAGCUUAGCAUCGUAAGUCAGAUUAGCUAGAUGAUGAGGAAACGAAUACCGGAAGAAGUCACUUUCAUAUAGUUUCCUAUUUGUAUAAUUUUUAUUUAUGACAAAUAUAAUUACGAACAAAUUACA